AUGAAAAAUGCCAAACACAUACUUGGCUUCUGUAUUUCGUAGCCGAUCGCAAACGCUAAUGCUAAUUAACUAAAUGAACAGUGGUCAGAAGGACACUAUUUAGUCAUAAAAAAUUGUAGCUGGAGCUAAUUCCGUAAAUAUUAGUAAGAUCAGGGUUGAAGUGGUAACCUUGUUCUUAUUUAUAGUACCUGUAACCACCACCUGUUUAAACUCAAGAGAAGAACCAAACUGCAAGUGAAGUAACAAAUCAAACAGUUAGAAUGGCAAAUCAGAGUUACUCACUUGUGUGUCAUUUACUUAUUUUGUUGGCAUUCUCCAACAUUAUAAUCCCUUCAAUAUCAUCAGUGAAGAGACAGGAAAAGCCAGGCAGAACAGACAAGCAUGAAGAUUAUGGAGGUGCAAGUAGAGAUUUCAAACAUAUACUUCGCAAAGAUUAUUUGCGUAAUUACUCUUCGCCACCUCCUCGCUAUGGUUCGAGGAUCUACAGUGUCUUGUCUUUUGGAGCUGCAGGAGAUGGAGCCUCCGACGAUUCGAAGGCACUUGUAUCAGCAUGGAAGGCAGCUUGCAAAGUUUCCAAAGCAACCAUAGAGAUCCCCACAGGAUACAAUUUCCUCAUCAAGCCAGUCACUCUCCAAGGUCCUUGCAUGCCUCAUCUUAUUCUCCAGAUAGAUGGGACACUCUUAGCACCUUCAAGUACAUCUGCAUGGCCCAAAUACAAUCUCCUCCAGUGGUUGAACUUCAAGUGGCUUCAUGAUUUCACCAUCCAAGGUAGUGGCACACUUGACGGCCAAGGUUCGCAGUUAAGGAAUACCUCACAAUUCCAUCAGUCUCCGAAAGCAAAACCAGAGACGAGACCGACAGUUAUAAGAUUCUACAAGAGCUACAAUAUUACCGUGCGCAACAUCCGAAUUGUCAACAGCCCUCAAUGCCACCUGAAGUUCGACAGUUCUCGAGGGAUUAAAGUGAAGAGCCUCACCAUUUCUUCUUCGCAGGAUAGCCCGAACACUGACGGCAUUCACCUUCAGAAUACUCGAGACGUCGAAAUCAAGAACUCGAACAUCGGAUGUGGUGACGAUUGUGUAUCGAUACAAACCGGAUGCUCAAACAUUCACAUACACAAUGUCAACUGCAACCCAGGCCAUGGAAUCAGCUUGGGAGGACUCGGCAGAAGUAAUAGCUUGGCAUGUGUUUCUGAUGUAUCUGUUGAUAACAUCAAUGUGCAGAAUGCUUUGUCGGGAGUCAGGAUCAAAACCUGGCAGGGAGGUGUAGGAUCUGUGAGGAAUGUAACAUUUUCCAACGUCAAGGUCUCGAACGUCGAGAUCCCGAUCGUGAUCGACCAGUACUACUGCAACAAGAAAUCAUGCAAGAACAAGACUGACGCGGUGGCGAUAUCCGACAUCACAUACAAAGGGAUAAGCGGGACGUAUUCUUUUCAACCAAUGCAUCUUGCGUGCAGCGACAGCACUCCAUGCAGUGGUCUCAAUCUGAUUAAUGUCAAACUCUCACCAGAAAACAAUUCUCAAGCUUUGCAGAAGCCUUUCUGCUGGAAAAGUUAUGGCAAAGCAUAUGGACUUUUCGAUCCCUCAAGUGUCGGUUGCUUACAGAGGAACGAUAGGUUGAGCAAGACAUUAACAAAGUCGCAUAACAACACAUGCUAACUAAUUAGAGAUCCAUUGUCACAUUGUGUAUCAUUUGUUUCCUCUCUUCUGAACAUUUUAGAACAAGGAGGUGAUGCUGUGCACUAACCAGUAACUUGUGUUAUGAUCAUAACCUUAAAGACUCGACGCUUCAGCAUAAUCUUAACAUAUUCUUCCAAGUA